AUGGCAUCGUAUUUCUAUUUCUUCUUAUUGAUUAGUUUUUUCCCUUACUUCUCUAACUUCUGGAAGGCUUUGCAAAGUGAGACGAAAAGUCACCAUGGUCGUUUGAAGGUCAUACGAAGUACCAGCAUCAGAGGUCGUUCGAAGCACCAUUGUCGCUCUGCAGCAGCAUCGUUAGAGGUUUCCAUCUCCACAAUGGCCCAUUCUUUCUCGGCUACGGCUGUGGCUUUGGCUUUGGUUGUGGCUUUGGCUUUGGUUUCAUGCGGCGCUGAAGGUGCCCGUCCUACUGACACCGAUGCGGCUGUAGAUGUUACAAAGUUUGGUGCUAAGCCAGAUGGCGAGUCUAAUAGUGCUAUGGCAUUUAUACAGGCAUGGAAUGCGGCAUGCAAAUCAUCAACAGGGCCAUCAAAGCUUAUUAUCCCACCAGGGCGAUUUAUGGUAGGGGAGACAAUUUUCCAAGGGCCUUGCUCAUCAAAACCUGUGACUGUUGAAAUUCAGGGAACCAUAUUAGCAAACUCUGAUAUGUCUGAAUUUACUGGUAAAGAAUGUCUCUUAUUUCAAGACGUUGAUGGUUUGACAAUCUUAGGUGGAGGAAUUUUUGAUGGGCAAGGUCAGUCUGCAUGGCAGUAUAGCAAUUGUCGUUCAUCUGAUAAUUGCAAUAGCCCUUUACCAAUUUCUAUUAAAUUUCAAAAGGUAACGAAUGGCGUUGUACAAGAUAUCAAUUUGGUGAAUAGUAAAGGUUUCCACAUGACAAUCACUAGCUGCAACAAUUUUGUAGUUGAACGUCUCAAUAUUACUGCACCUGGAAACAGUCCAAAUACUGAUGGCAUCCAUAUUAGUCGUUCUAAUCAAGUUCGUGUAUCCAACUCUGUCAUUGGAACCGGUGAUGACUGCAUUUCUAUCGGUGAAGGCUCAACCAAUGUAAAUAUCUCUGGUAUUACUUGUGGUCCAGGACAUGGCAUCAGCAUUGGUAGCCUUGGAAAAAGGCCAGAGGAAAAUAGUGUUAGCGGAAUUUUUGUGUCUAACUCUUCCUUAACAAAUACAACGAACGGUGUGAGGAUCAAAACCUUCCACAAUUCACCUAAAAUCGAAGCUUCCAACAUCACUUUUGAAGAUAUAACUAUGAAUGAAGUUCAAAAUCCCAUCAUUAUUGAUCAACAUUACCGGUCUAAGAAGCACUCAACUGGCGGGGUAUCCCUUGUGAAGAUUAGUGAUGUUCACUACAAGAAUAUAAGGGGUAGCUCAAUUUCAAAUGUUGCAAUCACUCUUAGUUGCAGUAGUUCAGUCCCUUGUGAAGGCAUCGAAUUAGCCGACAUUGAUAUCACCCUUAGCUCCAACUGUUUAAAGAAGUUGUUGCCUCUUUCAUCUUCAUGCAGCUUUGCUAAGCCAGUCUUCAAGGGUAAACAAAACCCUCCAGCUUGUGAAUAA